AUGCGCACGCCCCUCUCCCUCUUGCUCGCCCUCGCCCUCGCACUCGCCACCCUCUCCCUCACAGACGCAAAGAAGACCGGGAACGUGCUCACCACCAACGACAAGCAAGCGGCGGGUCUUCAGGCAGCUGCAGUCCGCUUGAAGCCGGGGAACUACGUCUUCCAGAACGUCCAGACCAAGCAGAAACUCCUCUACACGACCAACAAGAACAACAUCUACCCGGGCAAGAAGGGCACGGUCGGGAGCGUGACGGCGUACCCGAACAACGGAGUCGCCUGGCACCGCCUCGAAUUCGGACCCAAGAACAAAUGCCUCUCGUCGGCCUGGGGCGGCAACGGCAACAACGCCGCCGUGAUGUACGUCUGUGCGUCCGGCAAAGGGUCGGAGAAGACUACCCUCGAGAAGACCAAGCAGUGGUGGAUCUUUGUCCCGACGAACAAGCCCAUCGCGAAAGCCCCCGCCAACUCUAAAGCGAACCAGGUCCUCCUCGCCGCCCAAGCCGACUCGAUCGCGACCCGCAAGAAGAAGAUUGCGGCUCAGAAAGCCGCGUUCCAUAGGAAGCGAUCGGGGUUGGUCAAGGAGGUUAGGAGGAGGGCGUUGGAGAAGAGGGGGAUCAAGACUGUUUCCGGCGGUACCUUCUACAUCAUCCCGACCGACCACCUCCUCGACCGCACCGCGGCCCUGACAGGCAAAUCCGUCACGCAGCGCGGUGUCAAGAACACGGUCGUGACGGACUGGAAGAAGGGGAACCGGUUGCAGCAGUGGAAGGUCACUAGGGUCAAGUAG